CAAUUUUCGCUUCGCUCGCUCCUUCUCUCUCUCUCUUCUCUGACCGGGAAAAGAAAAACCAUAGCAUUUAUCAGGGCACCCUAGAUUUCCUCUCUUUCUCUCUCUUGCUUUCUCUCUCUACUAUUGUUAUGGCCUUCGCUUCAUUUCUUGGAAGAGUCCUUUUCGCCUCCGUUUUCAUUCUCUCUGCUUACCAAGAAUUUAAUGAAUAUGGAGUUGAUGGGGGACCUGCAGCAAAAGCAAUCAGACCAAAGUUUGAUACCUUUAUAUAUCAAGUCCAUUCUCGAGUUGGCUUUCAAAUUCCUGAAAUUGAUAUGAAAUUAUUAGUUGCUGGGGCUAUUGCUCUCAAGGGCAUUGGAGGGAUUCUCUUCAUAUUUGGCAGCUCUUUUGGAGCUUUCCUUUUGCUUUUGCAUCAGAUGAUUGCUACUCCGAUACUGUAUGAUUUCUACAAUUAUGACAGUGAGGACAAAGAAUUUACUCCAUUUUUCCUCAAAUUUACACAGAAUAUGGCUCUCUUUGGUGCUUUGUUGGUUUUUAUUGGGAUGAAAAAUUCCAUUCCUAGAAGACAACCAAAGAAGAAGGCUCCCAAAACAAAAACCUAUUAGUAGCCGCAAUUUGAAGAUUCAUUUUGCAAGGGGUUCUCGGGUUGUUUCCUGGUUGCUCAAUGCCAUUCUUCAAUUCCCCAGGCCUUGGCUUGGGUGUUGGUCUGGUUCGGAACAAAUCUCCUACCAGUAUUGUAGAUGUAGCAUCUGUCUCGCGUGGAUUAUAUAUAUUUAUGGACAGAUGUUAUUGUAAGCAAAAUUAUAUGAUUACGUGGUUUCGGUUUACUUAUUUAAAGAUAUGACGACAGAU